GGUCCUUGGUCCGGGCAGGGCCGGUGCUCCGGGCCGGCGCCGGCCGGUUGCCGCCCAGUGUGGGCCGAGCACUACAGAGGGCGCGGCCCGGGCGCUGCCCGAUGGGGCGGGAUCCGUGGUGUCCCCGCCCCGCGCUCGGGCCGGGUCGGGAGGGUCCCGGGGUUCGCUGCCCGGCAGGCGGGUGAAGCGCUCGGGGCGGACGCGGCGCCAUGCGCAUUUCCCCUGCCUGGCCGCUGCUCCUUCUCGCGCGCCGGAGUCCGGCGGUACGCGCGUGGACCCCGGCUGCGAGCUCGCGGACUCAGCUAGUCCCGGAGUGGACCCGGCUGGUGCGCGCAUGGACGUCGCUGGCCCGCGUGUGGACCCCGGCUCCUGGCUUUCCAGCGCCCCCGCCAGGGCUGCCCGGAGGCUCGGGCCCGGCGCGCGCACUGGGGCGGUGGGCCGAGUCCCGGCGCGCAGCGCAUCCCCUGCUUUCCGAGCUCCGGAGCGGCCCCGCGGCGGCCACCAGAGCACGAGACCUUACGGAAGACUCGCGGCAGCGGCGGCAGCGACCCGCAGCGGUCCGGCGCUCGGAGGCCUGGAAACUCUUGGGGCUGGUGCGGCCCGAGCGCGGGAGACUGGCAGCUGCUGUCGGGUUCCUCACUGUGUCCAGUGUCAUCACCAUGUCUGCCCCUUUCUUCCUGGGGAAGAUCAUCGAUGUCAUCUACACCAACCCCAGCGUAGACUACAGCGAUAGCCUGACCCGCCUCUGUGCGGGGCUCACUGGUGUGUUCCUGUGUGGUGCUGCUGCCAACGCCAUCCGUGUCUACCUCAUGCAGUCUUCAGGUCAGAGCAUUGUGAACAGGCUGCGCACCUCACUAUUUUCCUCCAUCCUGAGGCAAGAGGUUGCUUUCUUUGACAGGACCCGCACAGGAGAAUUGAUUACCCGCCUCUCCUCAGACACUGCCCUCCUGGGGCGCUCAGUGACUGAAAACCUCUCUGAUGGACUGAGGGCUGUGGCCCAGGCCUCUGUUGGCAUUGGCAUGAUGUUUUUUGUCUCGCCCAGUCUGGCCACCUUUGUUCUGAGUGUCGUGCCUCCAAUAUCCAUCCUUGCAGUGAUAUAUGGUCGAUAUCUGCGGAAACUGUCCAAAGCCACUCAGGACUCCUUGGCACAAGCCACACAGCUAGCAGAGGAGCGCAUUGGAAACUUGAGAACUGUGAGAGCUUUUGGAAAGGAGAUGACAGAAGUGGAGAAGUACACCAGCCGUGUAGACCAGUUGUUGCAGCUAGCGCGGAAGGAGGCCUUUGCUCGGGCUGGCUUCUUUGGAGCAGCCGGGCUCUCGGGAAACCUGAUCGUGCUGUCCGUACUGUACAAGGGAGGCCUGCUGAUGGGGAGUGCCCACAUGACAGUGGGCGAACUCUCUUCCUUCCUCAUGUACGCUUUCUGGGUUGGAUUGAGCAUCGGAGGUUUGAGUUCCUUCUACUCAGAGCUGAUGAAAGGCCUGGGAGCUGGUGGACGGCUCUGGGAGCUGCUGGAGAGACAGCCGCAGCUCCCUUUUAACGAAGGGGCUGUGUUAGAUGAGAAAAGCUUCCAGGGAGCCUUGGAGUUCAGAAAUGUACACUUUGCCUACCCUGCUCGCCCAGAGGUGUCUGUAUUUCAGGAUUUCAGCCUUUCCAUCCCAUCGGGAUCUGUCACUGCACUGGUUGGCCCUAGUGGUUCUGGAAAAUCAACGGUGAUCUCACUCCUACUGCGACUGUAUGAUCCUGUUUCUGGAACAGUCAGUCUUGAUGGCCAUGACAUCCGCCAGCUAAACCCCAGCUGGCUGAGAUCCAAGAUCGGGACAGUCAGUCAGGAGCCAGUCCUGUUUUCCUGCUCUAUCGCGGAGAACAUUGCCUAUGGUGCCAGCAGCCCCUCAUCAGUCACAGCCCAGCAGGUGCAGAGGGCUGCAGAAGUGGCCAAUGCCACCGAGUUCAUUCGGAGCUUCCCCCAGGGCUUCGACACAGUGGUCGGGGAGAAGGGCGUCCUCCUGUCUGGUGGGCAGAAACAGCGGAUCGCAAUUGCUCGUGCUUUGCUGAAGAACCCCAGAAUUCUUCUCCUGGAUGAAGCAACCAGUGCACUGGAUGCUGAAAAUGAGCACCUGGUACAGGAAGCUUUGGACCGGUUGAUGGAGGGAAGAACAGUGUUGAUAAUAGCCCACCGCCUGUCCACCAUUAAGAAUGCCAACCUGGUUGCUGUCCUUGACCAAGGAAGAGUUAGUGAACAUGGGAAACAUGAAGAGCUGCUUUGCAAGCCCAAUGGCAUUUAUAGAAAGCUAAUGAACAAGCAGAGCUUUCUGUCAGUAUAAAGAAGUAGCUCCUGGAGCCAGCUUAUAACCCCAGCCCUGGAGACUAAGGCAGGAUUGCCUGGACAGCCUGGUGUACAUACAUAGCAAGACUGUGUCUAGAAAGAAAGAGAGCAGCUGCAGCAGUUACUCUAGGUUGACUAAAAGACUCUUAAAAACAAUGUGGCAGAAAACAGAUCUUAGAGACUGUGUAAAAUCUGUGAAUCAUUCAAUUAUUUGAAAUAUGCCUAUUUUUUUCCCAAAGGAUGUAAAACAUUGUUUCAAGAUAUACCUGUCCUUAAGACCUUUUUACUAAGUUUUAUCAUCAUGAUUCUCUAAUUGUCUGCAGUACUAAAGUUACUCCAGGUUUUGGGAUGUUUGUUAGCUCAGCAUACCACCUCAGCUCAUUUGCCUGCUGCUCUUGAUUCAAGUUGUUGUCAGAUGACAACUUUAAAAAAGGGAGUUAUCAGCUGGGCAUGGUAGCGCACACCUUUAAUCCUAGCACUUGGGAGGCAGAGGCAGGUGGAUCUCUGUGAGUUCAAGGCCAGCCUGGUCUACAUAGUGAG